AAGGAAGGUUGGUGUCAGAUAUUGCAGUUCAGGAAUGACCUUAGACAAUAUCAAUCGGACAGCAGUGGAUCGAAUAAUCCGGGUGGAUCAUGCAGGUGAAUAUGGAGCCACCCGCAUCUAUGCAGGGCAGAUGGCUGUCCUGGGUCGGACGAGUGUUGGGCCGGUCAUCCAGAAAAUGUGGGAUCAAGAAAAGGACCAUUUGAAGAAGUUCAAUGAGUUGAUGGUUGCAUUCAGGGUCCGACCAACGAUUCUGAUGCCCUUUUGGAAUGUGGUAGGGUUCGCCCUGGGAGCUGGAACUGCCUUGCUUGGAAAGGAAGGUGCCAUGGCUUGCACUGUGGCUGUGGAAGAGUCAAUUGCACAUCACUAUAACAACCAGAUCAGGACGUUGAUGGAGGAGGAUCUUGAAAAAUAUGAGGAACUUCUUCAGAAAAUGUUUGCUGACCCGUGA